AAUGGUUUGGUGACGAUCGAAUUCCACUACCAACAAUCAGUGGCGUGCAUUUCAUACAUGCAUUAAAGUUCUGCAAAAACUAAGAGAUGUUUUUCUUAUUGCUUAUUAAAUGUAGAUUCCCAGUACCUAUGCUUAAUUUUGCAUACCCUGAUGGAAAAACUUAUACACGCCACUGUCAGCGAUACUUGUGUAAUACAAAUACUUGUAGUAAUAAAAGUAAUAUUUAUUAAAACACAAAAUGUACAACUUAAAUAUUAAAAUAGGCAUACAUUGAAAUAAAUUAACUAAAUUUAUAAAAUUAAAAUAAAUUCAAACAAUUGGAUUUUCUAGAUUUUUAAUUUUAAUCGUUUGCCAGAAUAUUUUAUCCUAAACAUUCCAUAACCCACACUUUCAAACACUAUUUUCUCUACAGUUGGUGUUGUGACAAUCGUAAUUAAUUAUAAUUUGCUAAUUAAUUAAUUUGUAUUGAAAAGUGCAUAUUUGACGAAAGAUAAAAGAAUCUUUAAAAUUUCAUAAUAUGUAAUUAGUGGAUCUAUACUCGUACAUAUGAAUGUCUUACAUUGUAAUUCAUGUAGGUACUAAUAGUAUGAAGAUGUCCUAAAAUGCACGUUGUUUGUAAAUGUCAUACAUAGGCUAUAUUUAAUUUUUCCUCGUAUUCACACGGGAACAGGAACUACGUGAAUGGAACCGCAUCAGCUAGUUGGUAAAGUAACAUAAUAAUUACACUAUUUUCUUUGUAAACAUCAUUGCAUUAUUUUAUUUACAGGCGUUUGCCUGAUCAAGAAUCUAAGACAGAUUCAGAGUUUUUCGAAAAUCUACUCGCUAGUGUAACUCGUUGAAGUUUUAAGAAUCUUUACUUAAUAAUUUUUAGUCAAAAGUUUGACGAAUUAUAAUAAGUAAAUAAGGUAUGAUAGAUAAUAUUAAACGUUUUUAAGAUAAUUUAUAAAUUUGUGUAUUUUGUUAUUAUAAACAAAGGUAACUAAAUGAAAUUCUCAUUUAAUUUUAUAUAUAUUGUUUAUUUCACCGGUUCUAAAAUUUUAAAUCUUAAAAUUUCCAUCCAGUGGGAACACUAUUCCGUACCGACUCUUAAAUCUAUGAUUACACCACUUCUCUUUUCAGAUACAUAUUAUUACUCGUAUAUAAUCAGGAUACUCGUACAGGAUAAGCCAAGAACCAAAAAAAUCUAUUCAGGACAAUCAUUUAUUGCAAUACUAAAUACGUCAAUACUAUACUUACGACUGUAAUAAAUCUGUACAUUGAAUUGAUUGAAGAUAUUUUAAAAAUUUGUGUUGGUCAAGAUUUAGAAUAGAGUAUUUUAAAAUUACACAUUUAUAUAUGGAAGCAAAUGGGAAUAUUUCCAAAAGCGACAAUAAUGUAUUUAUUUUUUAAUGAAAAAAAAAAUAUUUAAUUUAAUAAAUGUGCUAACUUUUUCUCAAUUACAUACAUAUUUUUAUUGACACAUCGUAGCAGCGAAUCGUGCACAUUGUUUUCCUACACUGCAGAGGUUGCAGUGCUAUAGACGGAGAGCCUGUAAACCCUCGCUAGAGACCCUUGAAGUUUCAAAUUAAAUAGUGUUUUACGAAGGGUUGCCAUGAAGCCAAUGUCUGGCAAAUGGGAAUAUCAUUUAUCAUAUACGUUAUACUUAGACGGUUGAGGGUCUAGAUCUUUAAACACUUCUACCUCCCAAAGUCAGCACGGUCCAAACUCAAUUGGCAACCGUACUUACUUAGGAGCAUGAGUUUACUUUCAGCUUUUAUAAAAUAACGAAGGUCUGGGGUUCACUUCUUCUUCUUCUUCUUCUUUUCGGAUCAUCAUCGUUUCGUUUCAUAUUUAUGUUAUCAAAAAGAGUCAUUAUCCAGUAUCAUCAGGAGAAAAAGUGAUGUAUAAAAGCUCUGUCAGAGAUUCGUCUUACUUCUCUGCGUGUGUGAUGUCUGCCAAUCCGCAUUGGGCCAACGUGCUGGACUAUUGGCCUAUCCCCUUUCAUUCUGAGAGGAGACUCGAGCUCAGCAGUAAGCCGAAUAUGGGUUGAUAAUUAUGAUGAUGAUGAUAAAUUAUAAAUAAUAUCAGAAUAUAUAGUGGCACAACCGAGUCAAUGACUCGAGAUGCUCUUCAAGAGGAACGGUAUGGGUAAAAUAGAGUUAAUAUAAAUUUUAAUACCUCUCCAAUUUAGUAUUAAAACAGUAAUUUGUUUAAUACUCGUAGGUUUUGAAUGUUAAUCAAUAUAGAACAGAAAAAGCUUUUAAAUCGACAACAUCAAGAUAAAUUGAUAGAUAAGAAUAUUAAUGUAAAUAAAAAGUCACUAGAGGUAUUCAUAAUUGAUCCAUUUAUCGUAUUGCCCCUGCUGUCACUUCAAUUUAUAUAUCUGCAGUAAUUUCAUUACCUUAAGUGAAUGUUGCCUGUAAAUAAAUAAUCAAUUGAAUGAUUUGAGAGCACCGAAUAUAGUUUAUUCAAAUGUCUAACGUGAAGUGUGACUGUGGCUUUUAUUACCUACUCAUUAGAAUUGUAGUUUUUUAAAAUGGAAGCAAAAGUAUUAGAAAAUAAUCGUGAUCUGAUUCUGGGCGCAUUAAAUCCGUUGCUAAAAGUUGAAAAUAUGUUAGGCUUCUUUCGAUUCCAAGUUGUAAAUGGUCAGCUAAAAACAUCGAGUAGAAAAAUGAAACUCUAUGCAUUAUUUGUGAUUUGUGUCGUAAUCAUGACUUACUAUGUUUUAUAUUGCAGUGCAUUAUCUUCUAAAUCUAUUAAUAUCUUUGAGGGGGCAUCUGCACUGAUAAAGACACUACAGUAUGCUGUGUUAUUAGUUAAUGUUUCGUGUUUUAAUAAAAAUAGUAUAGUUAUCAUUGAGUCAUUUGCUAUAAUAGAUUAUGAACUUAAAGCUGCAAGUAAAACUGUUUAUAAAAAAACCCGACAGCAAGUACUAAUUAGUUUAUCUGUAUUGAUUGGGAUAUAUACAAUUGGUUUAAUGUACGAAUGUAAAAAUUGGUGUAGCGAAAAUAUAUACAGUACUUUUUUCCACCUUGUCACUGAUAUCACGCGUCAUAUUCAACUAUUUAUGUUCUUUAUUUUUGUGAAAUUAAUAACAAUGCGUGUAGAUAUUCUGAACGAAUACUUAAAACAAAUCACUGAUUUAAAAAGCGAAAACCAAUCUGAUACUUACUCAAACAAUCAAUUGCCUCACAGUGUUGUAAAUUUCAACAAAUAUUUUGGUGGCCCUUUGAAUAAAAACAAGAGAGAAAUUAUAUCCUUGGCAAAAGCUUUCGAUGCUUUAGGGGAAACUACAAAUAACAUAAAUGAACUUUUCAAUUACCAAAUAUUCAAUGCCCUCAUCUGUACUUUUGGUUAUAGCAUUUUAUUGUCUUGGAUUGCAGUUCAAUAUUACUAUUAUACGCACAAUAUUGAUACUAUAUUAGCACUAAUGUCACAAUGUCUUUCUGAAUUGUUUUUUAUUGCUUUGGUAUGUUAUGUAUGUGAGGGUAUGUAUUUAAAACGAAAUACUACUAGAGUGUCAGUAAAUAAACUUAUUAUGGAUUACGAUCUCCCUCGUGAAAAGCGAAUUCAAGCGAAAGCGUUCUUUGAUUUGAUUGAAGUGUGGCCAAUGCAAAUACAUGCCUAUGAUAUGAUUUCUAUUGACAUUAAACUGAUGUUAAAACUAAUAAGUGUAUCAACGACUUAUUUAAUCGUUGUAAUUCAAAUGUCAAAAUUUACAUAAUUCACUAUGUUAAGAUGAAUACCUACGCCCAUAACAGAGCAAAUCAGACGAACAAGAUAGUGACCUAGCUCGUUCCUCUCUGUAAAAGUAUAAGAUCAACCAUCUAACACGUUUAUAAAACUACUUUUAUACAUUCGAUGAUGUCGUGUAAAUCAACUUUGUCAAAAAAAAUAUCUAAAAAGAUUCGAUUUUUCAGCCUGAACAGCAAUACAUCGAUCGAGUAAUCGAAUAUUCUGUGUAACAAUACCAAACGGUAUGUUUGUUAAAGUUGUAUGACUUUGUGUACACGUGUGUAUUAUAUGUUUAAGAACACAAAAUAUAUUUAUUCGUGUUAAAUAUUUUCGAUGUGUGAAUUUGAGCAUCAACUCUCUAGAAAUAUAACCCAUAAUUCUGUGCUACCGAGCACAGACUUGUGGAUUCUAUAAUAAUUCUAAUAAUUACUAACUUUGUGUAUUGUCGUUGUAUAGGUAUUUUUAGAUUGAAUAAGAUUUUAUAAUAAGCUUGUCCCAGACAAGUUCGAUUAUUAGGUUAGUUGUGUUUGUGAUCAUAUAGAUAGUUUGUGAUGCUAGUUAAAAAUUAAGAACUUUUCAGUUGGUUAGAAAGCGUGUAUAAUUUUUAAAAUAAACAAAUAUGUUACGUUAAUUCUGAACUUAAGCGGAUUAGUACAAAUUAUUGUCUAAUUUUUUUACUUCGUGCGAUGUUUUCUAAAAUUUUCAAGUGUUGUGAUUUAUCA